AUGCGUAAUAUUUUGUUAAUCAAUUCUCGUCAUUACCCUUCGUUAUUUAGUUUUAGAACUGCUGUUUCUGCUGCUUCUGUUCAAGGCCCAAAUAUUAAGGCAUUUGAAGUUUAUCGUUAUAAUCCAGAAACUCCAGAAGUUAAACCUCAUUUACAGAAAUAUGAUAUUGAUUUAAAUAAAUGUGGACCUAUGGUUUUGGAUGUUUUGAUUAAAAUUAAAAAUGAAAUAGAUCCAACUUUGACAUUUCGUCGUUCAUGCCGUGAAGGGAUUUGUGGUUCUUGCUCUAUGAAUAUAAAUGGAGAAAAUACACUUGCCUGUAUUUGUCAUAUUGAUAAAAAUUCGAAUAAAUCUACAAAGAUUUAUCCACUUCCUCAUAUGUAUGUUGUUAAGGAUUUAGUUCCCGAUAUGACACUUUUCUAUCAACAAUAUGGUUCAGUACAGCCUUGGCUACAAAAGAACAAACCUCUAAAUUUGGGAGAAAAGGAAAUGUAUCAAACAAUCGAAGAGAGAGCUAGUCUUGACGGUCUUUAUGAAUGUAUUUUGUGUGCCUGUUGCAGUACUUCGUGUCCUUCUUAUUGGUGGAAUCCCGAUAAAUAUUUGGGGCCUGCAGCGCUUCUUCAAUCAUAUAGGUAA